UUCUAAUCGUCUCUCUUUUGACCUCUCCCAUUUUCCCGAGACAAUAAACAAUUCGAUACGUGAACACUGCUGAUUCUCACAAACUGGUGCAGCGAACAGAUUGAAUCUACAGAUCGGUAAAUCAUCAAGAACCAUGUCGCAAGGAGUUUUGAAUUUCUGAUCUUGGUACUUCCCUACUACUAACACUGAGAUCUCAUUGCAUUUUUCAAGCAGAAAGCAAUUAGAAGUCGGCAUCGUAUAUCUAUCAGCUAUCACUUAGUAUUUCUUUCACUUGAAUACAGUUAGGCUAUCACUUCAUUCGCCACAUCUUAAAUGUUACCAUCAAUUAUCCAGGAAACGUGGAUCUUGGAUGUAUGUUUCUUGUUCAGAAAUUAAGGAGAUAUGCCCUCUUGCCUAUUUUCUUAGAGAAUUAAAUAUGGCCCAUUGCAUCAUGAUGGUAGCUUCUCAAAUGGUUUCUUCACAACCAAUUUCGUACAGUUUGGUUGUUUAAGGUACAAAUGUGAGCUUUUAAAAUAUGGUGCAGCAACAACAGGAUGACCUUUGACAGUUGAGCUACCCACCCUAAACAUCCCUCUUUUGCCUGCCAAAAACUGUUCAUUAGUCACAGAAAUGGCUGACGGUCACAUCCAUCCCCACCGGCCACACCGCUUGUCAGUCCCACCACGGUCAACUGUGCUUACAUCCAUGCAUCACCCUUCUGCCUAUCCUUUAACCCCAACUCCCACACCUUCUAAAACCCGACUCUCUCAGUCAUCCAACUCCAUCAACAACAAAUCUUCAAUUUCAUUUCUAUUCCUGCUCCUAUUCUCCCUACGUUCUCUUUACUCCCUUCUUCCUUUCCUCCGCUCCUCUCCAUCCUUCUCUUUGUUUCCUUUCUCCUUCCUUGUUUCUCUUCUCUCCUUCCUCCUCACUCUCAUCUUCUCCCUCUGGCACAAACAUCCUCGUAUUCCUCUAUUGUCUCUCUCAUCCCUUUCCCAAUCCCAAGUCAGACAUCUCCUUUUGAAGUCCCUUCUGCUUGCUAUCGUCUUCCUGCUACGAUUCCAAGCUCUCCGUUAUUGUGGGACAGCAGCUAUGAUCUUGGCUGAAUUGUCCGGAAAUAUUGCCUUCCGGUUCUGGAAAGAUCAAGACUGGGAUCGAGACGGGCAUUCAAGGGUCCGAGGUUUCUUCGCGUUGUUUGCUGGGCUGUUUCUAUUAUCUGUGAGCUGGGAUCGGAUGGAUUGUUUUCCUCUUUCUCAUAGUAAUCUUGGAAAUUUUCAACAUUCAUUGAUAGUGGUUGUUGAUGGGAAGUGUUUGAGAGUUGUGCCCAUGCUUCUUCCUUUCUUGUCUGGGUUCUUGGGGUCUUAUGAGAAGGAUUUAAUGAAUUGGGGGACCUUUAGGCAAUUGGGUCGAAAACGGGUUCAAUUGAUAUCGUUGUUUUUCACUACUUCUAUGCUGUUGUUUCCUGCCAUCAUUAAUAUGCUUAUUUUUGAAGCAGAGGGUGGGAGUGUUUCCAUUUUGAAUCUGGGCUGGUUGCUGGCAAACACUGUCUUCUUUGGCGUCCUUUUGAGUGAGUGGUAUAAUGAUGAUAAGUGGGUUAAUCCUAGAGACUCAGAGAAAGAAUUUCUCAUCACCUUUGUGUUUACACUUAUUUGGGAGCUUGUUUACUUCCCGGAGCUCUCACUUUGGGGAUUGUUAAUAUGUGGUUUUUUGCUUUGGGUUGCCAUUCGGCAACUGAAUUGGGCUUAUGCAAGAUAUGUGGAGUUGGGGGCCGAUCCUUCGGAAACCUUUUCUUCAAUGGUAAUGAGGCCAAUUCGACAUGUUUUGAGUGAACGUAAAUCUCGUAAAAUUGCCCUUUUUCUCAUGAUCAAUACUGGAUAUAUGGUGGUUGAAUUUGUUGCUGGGUUUAUGAGCAAUAGUCUUGGGUUGAUAUCUGAUGCUUGCCAUAUGUUGUUUGAUUGUGCUGCACUAGCUAUUGGGCUUUAUGCUAGUUAUAUCUCCCGUUUGCCUGCCAAUAGUCAGUUUAACUAUGGUCGUGGAAGGUUUGAGGUGCUUUCAGGCUAUGUUAACGCAGUCUUUCUGGUACUGGUUGGAGCUCUCAUAGUGCUAGAAUCAUUAGAAAGAAUUCUGGAUCCUCAGGAGAUUUCAACAAAUAGUUUAUUAGGUGUUUCCAUUGGGGGACUAGUUGUAAAUAUUGUGGGUUUAAUCUUCUUUCACGAGGAGCAUCAUCAUGCCCAUGGAGGGCCUUGCACUCACUCUCACUCUCACUCCAACUCUCAUGCCCAUAACAAUCACAGUCAUAUUCGUGGACACCAUGACCAUGAUCAUAGUCACGUACACCAUGACCAUGAUCAUAGUCACGUACACCAUGACCAUGAUCACAGUCAAGUACAACAUAGCCAUGAUCAUAGUCAUGGGCACCAUGACCAUGAUCAUUGUCAUGUGCACCAUGAUCAUGAUCAUUGUCAUGUGCACCAUGACCAUGAUCAUAGUCAUGCACACCAUGAUCACUCUAAUGGUAGAUAUGAUAAGCAUCAUGAUCAUGGUCAUCAUGCUCACCAUAAUCACCAUGAUAAGCAGGAUCAACAUGUUCAUCAUCAUCACAACAACGAUCAUGUGUGCCAGAGCAUGACUAAGCCUCCUGAAGCAGACUCUUGCAGUCAUAUUCAUCAUUCACACUCGAAGUCCUCGCAUACUCACCAACACAUUGAUCACAACAUGGAAGGUAUAUUCUUACAUGUUCUAGCAGACACUCUGGGAAGUGUUGGAGUUGUGAUAUCAACCUUGUUAAUCAAAUAUAAGGGAUGGCUUGUUGCAGAUCCAGCUUGCUCUAUAUUCAUAUCUGUCUUAAUUGUAUCAUCUGUAAUACCAUUGUUGAGGAACUCUGCAGAAAUUUUGUUGCAAAGGAUUCCCCGAGCUCAUGAACAGGACCUCAAAGCUGUUGUAAAUGAUGUAAUGAAAAUGAAAGAAGUUUCAGGCAUUCAAAGCCUGCAUGUCUGGAGCUUAACGAACACAGAUGUUAUUGGCACUUUACAUCUGCGUGUUUCAUCAGAAAGUGACAUAAGUGCAACAAAAGCUCGUGUCAUGCACAGAUUUGAGGAUGCUGGGGUUAAGGAUUUGACACUUCAAGUAGAAUCUGUUAAGAGUUUGUAGUUUGUGAAUAGAAUACAUGUAAAACCGGACAUUGGCAAUUCAAUCGUUCCUAUUUUGUUAUUUUAGAUCUCCUGUGACAUUUUGAAUCUUUAUACAAAUGACUAAAUGAGGUAGUAAGCUAUGGAUUUAACGUAUUGAUUUUGUAUGGCAGUUAAUAAGUUUUAGUUAUACUUUUCAUAA